UCCAAUUUACCCAUGGUUUCCCUCCAAACUUCCCACUUCGUAAGCCAAAUUUCCGCUGAUCUUCUAAUAGCCGAAGUUUCGAAAUUAUACGCAAGCAUAUCCAAACUCGAGUCCCUUCGACCUUCCAAGGAAGUUAACAGCCUUUUUACUCACCUUGUGAAACUAUGCACCCUCCCUUUGGUCAUAGAUAUCACCUCCCUACCUAAGGAAGUUCAAGCCAUGCGUGAGAGUCUCAUCAAUCUCUGCGGCCGAGCUGAAGGGCUAUUGGAGCUUGAAUUCUCAACAUUCUUAACCAAAGUCCCACAACCCUUGAACAAUCUCAUUCUCUUUCCCUACUAUGGAAACUACGUAAAACUAGCCAACAUGGAGUACAAAAUUCUCCAUCAAAAUGGUGUGGUGAGUCCGAAGAAGGUGGCAUUCGUGGGGUCCGGUCCAAUGCCUCUCACUUCCUUCAUCAUGGCUACUUAUCACAUGAAAUCCACUCACUUUGAUAACUUCGAUAUCGACGAAAAGGCCAACGAAUUGGCUGGCCAAAUCGUUGCUUCGGACGGUGAACUAGAGAAGAGGAUGAAGUUCGAGACUCGAAACAUCACGGAUGUGAAGGAGAAGCUUGGAGAAUAUGAUUGUGUGUUUUUGGCAGCUCUUGUUGGGAUGAACAAAGAAGAGAAAGUGAAGAUUCUUGAGCAUAUCCGGAAGUAUAUGAAAGAAGGAGGAAUUUUGCUUGUUAGGAGUGCAAAAGGAGCUAGGGCAUUUUUGUACCCUGUGGUUGAGGAGCAUGACUUGGUCGGAUUUGAUGUUCUCUCCAUCGUCCAUCCUACUAAUGAUGUGAUAAACUCGGUUGUGCUUGUUCGUAAACCUAUCUUUUAG